AUGUUAAGUUCGGUUUUGAGACGCCGGGUUGCGAGCGCCCUUCCAAAGUCGCAACUCACCUUCCACCUGGCACGAUGCUAUGCGUCCAAGUCAUUCCCGCCUCACACGGUGGUCACAAUGCCUGCCCUGUCCCCGACGAUGACUGCUGGUAACAUUGGUCAAUGGCAGAAGAAGCCCGGCGAUGCAAUUGUUCCGGGUGAUGUCCUGGUUGAGAUCGAGACGGACAAGGCACAAAUGGACUUUGAGUUCCAAGAGGAGGGUGUGCUGGCCAAAAUCUUAAAAGAAUCGGGAGAGAAAGAUGUUGCAGUUGGCAAUCCGAUUGCGAUUAUGAUUGAGGAAGGAGAGGAUGCGUCGGCUUUCGAGUCUUUCACACUUGAGGAUGCUGGAGGAGAGAAAUCACCACCACCAGCACCAAAGGAGGAGGCUAGUGAAUCUUCUGAGCCAGCAGAUACUAAGUCCGGAACUGCACCACCACCCAAGCAGGAGUCAGCACCAGCUCCGGAAGAGACUGAGUCGAGUGGUGGCAGAUUACAGUCAGCUUUGGACAGGACGCCAAAUGCCAGCGCUGCCGCUAUCAGAUUAGCAAUUGAGACUGGUGUCAAGAUCACUGGUCUCAAGGGAACUGGAACCGGUGGACAAAUUACGGAGGCCGAUGUUAAGAAGGCUUCCUCCGGUGGAGCCGCAGCUGCACCAGGCGCUGCCCCAGCUGCUUCAUACGUCGACACUCCCACUACUUCUAUGCGCAAGACUAUCGCCAACCGCCUUACCGAGUCUGUGAACCAAAAUCCUCACUACUUCGUCGCUGCUACCGUCUCAGUAUCCAAGCUACUCAAGCUCCGUGCAGCUUUGAAUGCCUCAGCGGAUGGAAAGUACAAGCUCUCGGUGAAUGAUUUCUUGAUUAAGGCCUGCGCUGUUGCUUGCAAGAAGGUUCCCACUGUCAACUCAAGCUGGAGAGAUGGUUUCAUCCGUCAAUUCAACAACGUAGACAUCAGCGUCGCCGUCGCAACCCCAGUUGGACUCAUGACCCCAAUUGUCAAGAGCGUCGAAGGACUUGGCCUUGAGUCAAUUUCCGCACAGGUUAAGGAUCUUGGCAAGCGCGCCAGAGACGGCAAGCUCAAGCCAGAAGAAUACCAAGGCGGAACCUUCACCAUCAGCAACAUGGGCAUGAACCCUGCGAUCGAUCGAUUCACCGCUGUCAUCAACCCUCCCCAAGCCGGUAUCCUCGCUGUCGGAACUACAAAGAAGGUCGCUAUCCCAGUUGAGACGGAGGAGGGCACAUCAAUUGAGUGGGACGAUCAAAUAGUGGUUACUGGAAGCUUCGAUCACAAGGUGGUGGAUGGUGCUGUUGGAGGCGAGUGGAUUAAGGAAUUCAAGAAGGUCGUGGAGAAUCCUUUGGAGCUGCUGUUGUGA